GCCCAUGUGGAGGCAAGACUACCACACAAGCAAGAAUGUCCACAUUCUUUGAGGAUAUUGGAUGGAAGGUGUUUAAAGUACCAGAAACAGCUACGUUACUUUUAAGUGGUGGUGUAAAAUUUGCUGAGCUUGAUGAAGAAUCAGCAUCCAAUUUUCAAGAAAAUUUGCUGAAGACCAUGCUGCAGUUAGAAAAGACUUACUUUGAUUUAGCUCAGAGAUGUAAAAUAGAUUGUAUAAUAAUCUGUGACAGAGGAGCAAUGGACCCUUCAGCAUACAUAGAAGCUAAGGAGUGGAAGAAACUGAUGGAUGCAAAUCAAUGGAAYACUAUACAGCUUCGUGAUGAAAGAUAUGACCAAAUCAUACACCUGUUGUCAUCUGCCUGUGGUGCUGAAGCAUUUUAUUCAAAGGCCAACAAUUUAGCAAGGAGUGAGGGUCUUGAAUUAGCCAGGGAUUUGGACACUAAAACCCAACAGGCUUGGGUUGGACAUCCCUACUUUGAUGUCAUUGAUAAUACAAUAGAAUUUGACGCCAAAGUUCUUAAAGCAAUAAGAGCUGUGUGUACAAAGAUCGGCAUUGAAGUUGGAGAUCGUUUUGCUCCAAACAGUAUAAAAAGGAAAUUUCUCGUUAAAUGUUUGCCAGAUGAAAAGCUUUUCCCACCAUUCCAAGACUUUGAUGUCGUCCAUGACUACCUUACUGUAACUGAUUUAGAAAUUGGAACACAAGCCAGACUGAGGCGAAGAGGACAAAAUGGACGUUAUACCUACAUGCAUACAACAAGGAGACCAAAGAUUGAUGAUCAGGUCGUUGAAGUGAGAAGAAGUUUGGAUAGGAGAGAUUAUGAGUUAUUGCUGGCACAGAGGGAUGAAAACAGGCAGUCUGUGUACAAGAAGCGAAGGUGUUUUUUAUGGAAAAACCAGUAUUACCAGUUAGACGUCUACCGAGAGCCAUAUCAUGCCAGAUGUAAAGGGCUUAUCCUUCUGGAAACGUACACCACCAAGUCCACAGAAAAUCUUGAACUCCCAAGUUUUCUAGAGAUUGAAAAGGAAGUAACAAAAGACCCUGAUUUUUCCAUGUACCACUUGUCCCUCAAGCAAUAAAGCAGAUAUCAUAUGAGUGUGGAAAGUGAAAAAGUUGUAAGUAUUAGUAGAGGUGUAAAAAUUUUGUUUCAAAUGUAACCAAGAAUUAUCRUUGGACGAACAGUUGUAUGAAAACAAUGGAAAGCCAUUUCAGUGUUCUGACAUAUCAUAAACACAUGCACGGUUUUAAUGUUGCAGUAUAUUUCCCACUUACAGCUAUUUCACUAACAAGGUUGAAUACUAUGGGUCUCUUCAAUUUGAAAUAAAAAGGAAAUAUACAGAAAUUAACUCUCUAAUUGUAGUUAGUAUAUUGUUUCAGAUGGAAUACACUAAAAAACCAAUGAAUAAUUAUUCAUUCUACUUUAGGCAAUGUCAUUAUGACCCACAAUGCACUUCGGUCUUGGAAUCACUUCGGUGUUGAAGUGCACUAUUUAGUAUGCAGUAUUCAACCUUUUUUGAAAUAGCUGUAUACUUUGUCUGCUGUGAUAUAUUUAAUGUAGUUACUAUAUUCUUUGUGUCCCUUGUCAAUUAGAGUUCAUUAGGUUAGAAACCGGUUUCACAUUCCUAAAAUAGAAAAAGAAAAUUAAGAAAUUAGAAAAAUGGGACCUAAAUAUUCUGGACCCACUGCUGAUAUCGCAUACCUAAUAGCAUUUUAUUAUCUUCUUAAUAUUAUACAUGAAUAAAGUUCUCGGUUCUGAUUGUAAGAGCUAAACACAGUGCAGAAAAAAGGAAAUUCUGUGCAGAAAAAAGGAAAUGCAGUGCAAAUUKUAAGUUUUCAAAAACUGUUUUCAAAUAAAACGUUCCUUAAUUCUGCUGUCUUUAACAUUAGUUACAAUCAAAACCUUAUAGUUUYAUGGUAAAUGAGCAAUUAUGAUGGAGAAAAUGCAACAAAAGUUAAUGAUUUUGUUUUGUUUUGAGAAUUAAAAAAUUUUGGUAGAAGAGAGCUCGCUUCUGGCGCAUAACGUGAUCGAGAGCGCGCUCAUAGUUUUUUCUUAAGAUUUUUGCUCUUCAGCAAAAUACACCAUUUUCCUUUUCAA